AUGGCCUACCUUAAGUUGUUUACUCUAGGCCUAGCGCCAGGCUUAAACGGCCCAGACAUCCAGAGUCUCCAGAAGGGAGCCAGAGGGGCCCGGUCCGAAUGUCGGAUGCGCUGUUGGCAUUGGUUCAAGGCCCAGCAUCAAACCAUCAAACCCGGUCUUGCGAAUCUCAAUCUGGAAUCACUUUUACUGCGUAUGCUCGCCGCCCCGAUUUUCCAACGACAGAAUUGUGGUUUAUGUGGGCUUCUCGACACUGGUUCAUCUGCCGCCGCGCAGGAAGCCAAUACGAUGGACAAACGAUUUGCUUGCUUUUUCUUCACCCGUCUUGCGUCUCGUUUCUCCCCGAGGAUGGGCCCUUUGGCCCGUUCAUCGGUACAAUGUACUGUACGGAUACUGCAAGACGUGACCCGUUUAUCAGAAUUCGAGAGUCACCAGAGUCUUGCUGAUUGUAAAUUCGGAUCUUCUAUUCUAUGGAUUCCAUGCGACGUGUCGACAGAAGAUCGUUUCGGUGUCGCUCGCGCCCCGUUUCACACCCAUUCAGAUGAUCUAAAUCGCAAAAGGCGGCCAACCAUCCCACUCGGCUAUCAUCCCGCGGCCACCCAGCGGGAUCACCGUCCGCCAUGUCCGCAGCUCCCGCGUUCUCGAUAUUCUUUCCUCGGAUUCUCGCGCCUUAUCCUCAUUCCUAACCAAGGGCAAACCCUCGUUACCUAUCUCCCCCCGGCUCGCCCGCCCAGCGACUGUCUCCCUUUCCCUCCCGGCGUCACCAAAACCUUGAGCCUUGAAGGGGCCCACUCUGGCAGGAUGAUCCCCUCAAAUCCGUGUCAAGUUGAUGGGGAACCACUGAAUCCGCCUCCAGCUGAACUAUCUGUCACAGUGCCAAGAGAUGGACACAGCGUUCUAGAGUCUGCGGCGCUGAUCGAGAUUUUCCCAGGCCCGACGUCAUCGGUGGGCGGGUUGUCGAUGCCAAUCUUGCUGUUCGCCCAAGCGGGUUGUUUCUUUCAAUCUGGUCUAAUCUGGCCCUCCUUGUCGGAUUGGCUGGUGAAUUAUGGUUGGAUCCUGUCAACAUUUCUCGAUGCCAGCCUGUGGUUCCCUAAUGUUGCUCUCGGGAUACUCGAAAUGCUUGAUUCCUCCACCCCGGUGCUCCGUCGUUCAUCUUCUCGGCUACACUGGAAUGCGAUGAUGCAUCCAUACGUCUGCCGGCCCUGUCGCCUGCCCCGCGGCAUAUCACCAUCUGCCGGUGAUCUUGAAAUAGGCCUUGCCUACGCCGUAGCAGACCCCAUCCCAGACCUCGUACGUCUCGCGCCAGACGUCGUCAUUGUAGCUUCUCGUCUCGGUCUCGUGAUUUGCUUUGGUGCUUGGCCCCUCUGCUUCAUUAAAUACGUCUGGGCAAAAGCUGCCUCAUCUCACAAAAAGUCUGCCUACAUCUUGGCGGCUGUCACCCAUCGCCAAGGUCAUUGGUCGACCCUGUCAGUCGCCCGUCUUGUCACCCGGCGGUGCGGCCAUCACGAGCGCUCCCGCACAGCCCGCAGCGCACCGCCGCCCGCCCGCCUGACAGCCGUUCCAUUUGUAGUACGGUUUGCACCUGGCCCUACGCUGGAACUUGAGCUAAAUGGAACGAACCCGCCUCGCCGCUGCGGAUGGCCGCUGAUACUACCUACCUACCUUACUACAACAGAGCAGCCGACCGGGAGCUGCCUAAGGAACACCCACUAG